AUGGCCGAGAAACGUAAGAAGAGAAUUCAUCUCAAUGGAUUUGACAUGUUUACUGUCAGUCAUCUGUCCUUCGGACAAUGGCGAAACCCUAAAGACAGGUCUAAAACAAAGCGUCGUGAUCUUUCAUACUGGACGGAUCUAGCGAAGACUCUAGAAAAAGGAGAAUUCACAGCCUUGUUUCUCGCUGAUACUUAUGGAAUAUACGAUACUUAUAAAGGCAGCGCGGAACCUGCAAUCCGGUAUGGUGCUCAAGUACCGAUGGGGGAUCCUUCCAUUCCGAUCACUGCAAUGGCCUCGGUAACCAAAAACCUGUCUUUUGCAAUUACGACCUCCACGUCUUAUGAGGCGCCUUAUGUCGUUGCAAAGCGAUUCUCGACCCUAGAUCACCUGACCCAGGGUCGAUUCGGAUGGAAUAUUGUUACGUCUUGGAAGGCGUCAGCGUCGAAAGCCGUAAGUCUCAAUACCUUUUCUCUGAUCUGGCGCGAUACUGAAUUGUUACAGCUUGGACUAGCUCUAGUCGAGCACGAUAAGCGAUAUCAAAUCGCGGACGAAUAUUUACGGGUUUUAUAUAAAUUGUGGGAAGGCAGUUGGGCAAAUGAUGCUUUGAAGGAAGAUGUUGAAACCGCAGAAUAUGCCGAUCCUGAUCGUAUUAAAUAUGUUCACCACCAUGGGGAGCAUUUCAAUCUUGAUGGAAUACAUAUCCUGGACCCCUCCCCACAAAGAACGCCAUUUUUAUUUCAAGCAGGGACUUCACCUGCAGGAAUUGCGUUCGGCACUACUCACGCUGAAGCAAUAUUUGUGGCAGGGAUCAGUCCAGAAGCUCUGGCUCCUAAGGUGAAACAGAUUCGUGCUGAGGCUGCUAGAAGAGGCCGUGACCCGAAUUCUGUAAAGAUAUUCCCAAUGAUAACACCCAUCAUUGGCCGGACAGAGGAGGAAGCCAAGGAGAAAUAUGAAGAGGCUCUGAAAUAUGCCAAUUAUGAAGCUGGUCUCGCUUUCUGGUCAGGAGGGAGUGGCAUUGAUCUCAGCCAAUUUGAUCUGGAUCAGGAAAUCAAAUCAACCGAUGUCCAUGUGGAUGCACGUGUGCAUACAACUCUCAGCCAUCUUCAAAAUACCAGCCCUGAUAUUCCGGCAUGGACACCGAGGAAUAUCGGAAAAUGGAUUGCUCUUGGUGCGAAUGGACCGAUUCCAGUUGGGACACCUGAAAAAGUAGCAGAUGUAUUCGAAGAGUGGGUCAAGAUAGCAGAUGUGGAUGGCUUUAAUAUCGGCUAUGUUAUUUCACCAGGGUCAUUUGAAGAUGUGACUGAGCUAUUAGUGCCAGAAUUGAGGAGAAGGGGAUUGUAUGACCCUCUGCCAGGAAGCACUCUCAGGGAAAAGAUAUACGGUGAAGGUCAGAAAUCUUUGAGAGACGAUCAUGCUGGGAGCCAGUACAAAUAUGGGGUCUAUGGUGGAAAUUAG